AUGCAUGAAAAGCAUAGGCAUCAUCGUAUUGACGAAGAAGACGACGACGAUGAAUUUGAUUGGAACGAAGAUCCCGACCAGCCACGGCCUCGACGACGCAAAACGGCACGACAAAAAUUUCACGAAGUGAUGCAACGACCAUGCUGCUGGCAUUUUUUGUCUCCGUUUAUGAAGCGAUUUAUUAUUGCUGUCACCGGGUCCAUUGUUUUCCUGGGCAUUGCCAUUUCCUCGUACGUUUUUCUUCCGCCGCCUACCUCGGGCGAACGUGAACAGCCCGAAUUUAAAAAUGUCCGAAGCAAUGUUGAAUGCUGGAUGCUGUGGGCAGCCUUCAUGUGGCAUAUCGGCUGGCUCACUACCAUGGUUGUCGAACUCGUCCCGUCCGCCGUCUCCCUGUGGACCAAGGUUUGCAAAGGCCGAAGGUCAGAACAUGUAAAAACUCGUCUAGAGUACUAUAUGAGCCUCAAACGGUAUCUGACCAUUCUGUUAAUUGCGGCUUGGAAUUGGGGUUCGUGGGCUUUUUUGUUGGAUGUUCCUUUUCCGUCAGUAACCCAGCAACCGUAUUCCCUCGUCAUUUGCAACAUCUUUUCCUGUCUCUUUUUCACGGCAUGUUUUCUGUUUGUGCAAAAGCUGAUCAUCCAAAUCAUCGCCACCCGAUUUCAUCGAUCCGCCUAUGAAGACCGUAUCCGCGAAAGCAAAUACGCCCUUAAAAUUCUUGACUCCCUAAGUCAGUCUGAAGUUCGUCGAACCAGGCCUGAUAGUCGGGUGCCCCUGCGUCCAUUCCGAAGUGCAGCGGCAACACGAGGUACGACGCCGCCGGACGUUGUCUCCUUGGCCGAUGAUCCGCCAGGAGCAAGUGCGGAUGGGAAUAUCAACAACGAUAGUGCACGGUUGCCGAGACACAACAGUACCACUGACAUUUUCAGUCAGUUGCAAAAACGAUUCCAGCAUAUCGUUCUGACCGAUCAACCAAAUGUGCACGGAAAAAUUGAAAAGGCCAAAGUUGAUGUGAACUCUACAAUGUUUGCCAAAAAGGUGGCAAAAAAGUUGUUUUAUUCCUUGGCUUACCCUCACGGCGUACCUUAUGGCGGCGAGGAUCCUAAAAGGUGUUUGGACGUGCACGAUUUUCGUCCGUAUUUUUCUUCUGAUGAAGAAGCCGAAAAAGCAUUUGCCGUGUUCGAUAACGACGGCAAUGGGAAUCUGACACGCCGCGAAUUUCGGGACACGGUGCUUCACAUUUACAAGGAACGCAAAGCACUGGCUCAGUCGUUGCGCGAUACUGGUCAAGCCUUGGGAAAGAUCGAUGCCAUGCUGUUGCUGAUCAGUAUUAUUGCCAAUAUCUUUAUAUGUCUAGCCAUCUUUCAAGUCGAUGUGUGGCAUUCGCUUGUUCCGUUGGGUUCAUGCCUGUUGGCGCUGACAUUUGUGUUUGGCAACACGGCGAAAAACACUUUUGAAAGUAUCCUUUUCGUGUUUGUCACGCACCCGUACGAUGCAGGCGAUUAUGUGCUGAUUGAUGGACAGUACCUUUUGGUCCACAAUCUCGGCCUCAUGGGCACCGUGUUUAUUCGCGCCGAUGGGCAAAUGGUGUACGCGCCGACGACGGUAUUGAUGACCAAACUGAUUACCAAUGUGCGACGAUCCGGCGAUAUGGGCGAAACCAUUACGCUUACCAUCGAUUUCCGUACACCCACCGAGCAAUUGUAUAUACUGAAAGAACGUAUCACUGAUUGGGUAAACUGUCAAUCGCGCGAUUUUGCCCCUGGGUUUGAUCUGCGUGUGGCCGACAUUGUAGAUGUGAACCAGCUGAUCCUGACCCUGUGGCUGCCUCACAAGGGCAACUGGCAGGAAAUCGGUAAACGCCAUCAACGCAAGACACGGUUCAUGAUUGCCCUCAAAGAUAUCAUGACCCAACUCGGCAUCCGUUACGAAUUACCCGCCCAGAGAUUUACCACCACCUCCUCCUCCCACGUUGCGCUUCCGUUCGGUGAAAAGCAGCAGGCUGCAGUAGAACCGAAACCGCAAUCAUUUGCGCUCUGA